GCAGUCUCUUCGUUCCCCAAUGUCUGCGUCCUGGAUUUUCACAAUGUCGAGUGCAGCGAAGAUCAGUUCAUCUCUGUCCUUAGGUCUUACCCCAAACUCGCGGAUCUGAGACCCAGGACAUCAGUAUUCAAGAGUACGCGUCGGGUAGCAGUGCGCAUGCAGACCCAGUGCCACUUCCGCCAGUGCCAGCCAGAUUCGUAAUGCGCUGCAAGGGUCGGAUAUCCAGCAAAUCUCUAUAUAUGUCGAUACUACUACUAGAUGGAUCUUCCUCGAUCUUUUCGCGAGUCGCCGCUCCCAGUUACAUUGCGCAACCUGACCAAGCUCACUCUCUGGCACCAUUCAAAUGUAAUAUGCAGCGACGCCAACUUCGUUCGUCGACUUUCCCACUUUAUCAGGCCGUGUCCCAAUCUAGGAGAUUAACAUGGACAAGUUUCAAUAUAGGCAAGUUUCAAUAUAGUCCUCUCGAGCCACCUGGCCUGGGCAACACCAUCCAUCCCUCAUGUCCAUUUGUGUCCUCAUCACGGGCAACUUCGAGACGAACAUGACACUCGACUGGUGGGCCUCCACUUUGAGGCAGCUCAAACAUCCACUCUCCAGGAUGACUAUCGAAAUCGAGUUUGAUAUCGAGAAUAUUCCCUGUGAGGUAUAGGACAAGUUUCCUCCUGCCUGUACUCCUGCUUGGGCGGCUCUUGUCCUCUUGAUGGACCUCACCUGGCCUCGGCUCAAAGUGUAUGAGAUUCAUACAAGACACUUGAGUCUCAGCGGGAAGAUUUCAACAUGAGCGUGAUGUCGACGUGCUUUUGUCAAGUGUCUCCCUUAGAGUAAAAAGAAAUAUGGGAGGAAUUUCACCGGUUAGUGAAGGAAAGAUCUCCUCGCCCCAAAUAUGUAUGUGUUACACUCCUCUGAACAAUUUGAAUUACAUACCUCUUCCUCGUACAUCUAAUUUACUUAUAGCUUUGUUGUCCCUCUAACAUGUAUGAACUGUCUCUAUUAUAUUGAAUUCAUUAUAAAGAAGAUUCUAG